CCCCCCCCCCCUCCCUCGUUGCCUGCUGAGACCGGUGUGGCUGUGAGCACAUUUCAACCAUUUUGCCAAAGGACCUGUACACUGGAGAGAUAAACAAAGGAUACAUUUCAAGAUGUAUCCACAAGGCCGACAUCCGGCUCCACAUCAGCCCGGUCAGCCUGGCUUCAAAUUCACUGUAGCCGAGUCUUGUGACAGGAUUAAAGAUGAAUUUCAGUUCCUGCAAGCCCAGUAUCACAGUCUUAAGGUGGAGUAUGACAAACUGGCCAAUGAGAAGACAGAGAUGCAGCGCCACUAUGUCAUGUAUUAUGAGAUGUCCUACGGGCUGAACAUAGAGAUGCACAAACAGACUGAGAUUGCCAAGCGGCUCAACGCAAUUUUAGCUCAAAUUAUGCCUUUCCUGUCACAAGAGCACCAGCAGCAGGUUGCUCAGGCAGUAGAGCGGGCUAAGCAGGUGACUAUGACUGAGCUGAAUGCUAUCAUCGGGGUACGUGGACUUCCCAAUCUGCCUCUCACCCAGCAGCAGGCUGGCUACCCGGCUCUCAUGCAGCAGCAGCUCCAGGCACAGCACCUCUCCCAUGCUGCUCACGGGCCUCCGGUCCAGCUGCCACCUCACCCUUCAGGCCUCCAGCCACCUGGCAUCCCCCCUGUGGCAGGCGCCGGGUCAGGCCUGCUGGCGCUAGGUGCCCUGGGCAGCCAAGCCCAUCUCCCAGUGAAGGAUGAGAAGAACCACCAUGAUCUCGAACACAGAGAGAACACGAAUAACUCUGUAUCCCCCUCCGAAAGCUUACGCACAGCCAGUGAGAAGCACCGCAGCUCCUCUGACUACAGUUUGGACUCUAAGAAACGCAAAGUGGAGGAGAAGGACAGUUUGAGCAGAUAUGACAGUGACGGAGAGAAAAGUGAUGACCUGGUGGUAGAUGUAUCUAAUGAGGACCCUGCCACUCCGCGAGCAAGCCCUGUCCACUCACCUCCUGAAAAUGGCAUUGAUAAGCCCCGCCCUCCAAAAAAAGACACACCCAACAGCCCUGCAUCAGUGGCAUCCUCUGGGAGCACCCCCUCAUCCAAGGCCAAGGAGCUAAGUCAUAAUGACAAAUCUUCCACGCCUGGCCUCAAGUCCAACACCCCCACCCCCCGCAACGAUGCCCCCACCCCUGGCACCAGCUCCACCCCUGGGCUCAGACCCAUUCUGGGCAAACCACCAGGCAUGGAGGCUCUAGCAGCACCAGCUUUACGUACCCCUCUGUCGAUUGCUGGUUCCUACCCUACCCCCUUUGCCAUGAUGGGUCAUCAUGAAAUGAAUGGAGGCCUCACCAGUCCUGGUGUGUACGCUGGUCUGCACAUCUCCCCUCAGAUGAGCGCUGCAGCAGCUGCAGCAUAUGGACGCUCCCCGAUGGGGUUUGAUCCUCACACCCACAUGCGAGCUCCAGGCCUUCCGACCAGCCUCACAUCAAUUUCGGGUGGCAAACCGGCUUACUCCUUCCACGUUAGUGCAGACGGUCAGAUGCAGCCCGUGCCCUUCCCGCCCGACGCACUGAUCGGCCCGGGUAUUCCACGCCACGCCCGUCAGAUCAACACGCUGAGCCAUGGCGAGGUGGUUUGCGCCGUUACCAUUAGCAACCCCACACGUCAUGUCUACACUGGUGGCAAAGGCUGUGUCAAAAUCUGGGACAUCAGCCAACCUGGCAGCAAGAGUCCCGUGUCCCAACUGGACUGUCUGAACAGGGAUAACUACAUCCGCUCCUGUAAGCUGCUGCCUGAUGGCCGCACAUUGAUUGUUGGAGGCGAGGCCAGCACAUUGACCAUCUGGGAUCUGGCCUCUCAGACACCCCGCAUCAAGGCAGAGCUCACCUCCUCGGCCCCGGCAUGCUACGCCUUGGCCAUCAGCCCCGACGCUAAAGUCUGCUUCUCCUGUUGCAGUGAUGGAAACAUUGCCGUUUGGGACCUGCACAACCAGACUCUCGUUAGGCAGUUUCAGGGUCACACGGAUGGUGCUAGCUGUAUUGACAUAUCCCAUGAUGGCACUAAGCUUUGGACAGGUGGUCUUGACAACACUGUGCGCUCCUGGGAUCUGAGGGAGGGUCGGCAGCUGCAGCAGCAUGACUUCACCUCACAGAUAUUCUCCUUGGGCUACUGUCCAACUGGAGAGUGGCUUGCUGUGGGCAUGGAGAGCAGCAACGUGGAGGUGCUCCACCACUCAAAGCCUGACAAGUACCAGCUCCACCUGCACGAGAGCUGUGUCCUCUCCCUCAAGUUCGCCUACUGUGGUAAAUGGUUCGUAAGCACUGGGAAGGACAAUCUGUUGAAUGCUUGGAGGACUCCUUAUGGCGCCAGCAUAUUCCAGUCCAAGGAAUCCUCAUCUGUCCUAAGCUGUGACAUCUCGACAGACGACAAGUAUAUUGUGACCGGCUCUGGUGACAAGAAGGCCACUGUAUAUGAAGUGAUCUACUAGAACAGACUGCUUUGGCUUGGAGCAUGCUCAUGCUCGGUAGACUCUUCCUCCAUCUAGCUUCCCUCAGACAGACCGCAUGGAUGUUGCCUGCAGCCCCGGAGUGGAUGGGCAGGAAGUUUGGCAGUGCCAGACUGAAGUGGACGUUGGUGCUGUUAUGGCCGUGGACGCUGUGACCUUCGACUCUGCCCUUCCUCACUCAUACAACUAACACUUGUACAGCAAGUGCAGUUCCACGAGGCACUCAGAAGAAAAUAAUGUCUUGCUGUUUUAUUGUUUGUUGGAUAUUUCUUUUUUUAUUCGUCCUUUUUAAUGUGGAGAUAAAGUUCCAUGACACAACUAGAAGCGGCGCUUCGCUCUGGAGCUUCUCCUUGGAGGUCCUGUGAAAAGUGUACAUAAUGGAGUAAUAAAAGGCCUUUUAUAGAUUUA